CGCUGCGAUCCCACAAUGCACCGCUGCGCAGUUGCAGAUGGAAUGUAGCUCGCUAGCCUUUCAUGCUAGCCGCAGCAUCGCAGUAAAGUUUGACAAACACGUCAUGAGCGGCUCGAACCCGCCGCCAGCGCUUCACUGACAACACAUGCGCUUCAGCUCAACUGCUCAGCGAUGAACAUUGAUGACAAGCUGGAGGGGAUGCUUAUGAAAUGUGGCCCUGUGGGACUUCACCACUCAUCCAGAGGUUUGGGACCCUCAAGGGUGGAUGGAAGAGGAAGAAGAGGCAGUUUGGAUAUGACACUUGGGGAACGGAGCUUGGCUAAUCAUCCCCUUUUGGCAGAGGAUGAUGAUGACGAUGAUGAUGAUGAUGAUGAAGACCUGGCAGGUGGAGGCCUGACCUCACAUGAUCUGAUAUCCCAUGAUGACCUGAUGGUGCAUGAGGAGACAGUGAAAAAUGACGGACAGGAUGAACCAGCUUUCUCACAGCGAAUCUCCCAUAAACUACAUUAUACACUCAACAUGCCAGUCAAUAUAAAGCAGGAGAUGAAAGUACCAGACUCACUGAUUCUGAAUAAAAAGGAGAAGAAACCGGGGAGGGACCCAUCCGACUGUCACAAAAAAAAGAAGAGAAAGCAGCGCUCGCCUGCAAAGAUUCUCACUAUUAAUGAAGAUGGCUCCCUUGGGCACCAGAACCCAAAAACUCAUGUCUGUGAGCACUGCAAUGCUGUUUUUCGGACAAACUACCAUUUACAAAGACAUGUCUUCAUUCACACAGGUGAAAAGCCUUUCCAGUGCAAUCAAUGUGACAUGCGCUUUAUUCAGAAGUACCUGCUUCAGAGACAUGAGAAAAUCCACACAGGAGAAAAACCAUUUCGCUGUGAUGAGUGUGGAAUGAAAUUUAUUCAGAAAUACCACAUGGAGAGACAUAAGAGGACACACAGUGGGGAGAAGCCUUACCAGUGUGACUACUGCCAUCAGUUUUUCUCCAGAACUGACAGAGUACUGAAGCACAGACGAAUGUGCCAUGAGAAUAAGGACAGGAAGGUGCAGAAAGCAGCUGCCAAAGAUGGCCCUCUUCGCACCCCAGAGAGCUUGGGCUUCUCUUUUCCUGCCAAGGAAUCUACCCUUCCCAAGAAGAAACGUCAGAAGACCUCUGAUAAAAGUCGGGUCUUGCUCACAAGUCCCACUAUUGACAAAGGGGUUGAAGCUGAUAACGAGGAGAAGACGGAAGACCAACUUGCCAAAAGUGAGUGUCUUCCUCUUUACGCUGUAGCCACCAAGGUGAAGGACGAGUAUGUAGUUACAGAUUAUUCCGUUGAGCUCCCUGAUUCCCCGCCUGGUAACAGGCAUCUUGCAGGGGAGGAGUCUAAUGAUGAGAUAAUUAGUCCUCCGAAACUGGUGCUGAAGAAAAUCGCCAGCAGGAGAGGUUUGAAACAACAGGCUCUAGAACCGUCCCAGAGUCUUUCUCCCUUGUCCUCAUUCGAAGAGAGCAAAGUAACGAGAUACACGUUUGAGAUUGUGGACAACAAAGGCCUAUUAGAUGUCGAGACAAAUCCUGACAUGGAUUCGGUUGAGACCCUACAAGGAGGACAAGCAAAACCAACCAGGAGCAGCACAAACUAUGACGACGCCAUGCAGUUUCUUAAGAAGAAACGAUACCUCCAGGCGACCAUGGCUAACACUAGUCGAGACUAUGCUCUUAACGUGAGCAGCAUCGUGUCGCAGCCCUCGGUCACUCAGGCAGCUGUAGCGAGCGUCAUUGAUGAGACUGUUCCCGCCACAAUCCUCUCUGAGACUCAGACACUGAACGUGGAAAUCAAGUCCAAUAGCGAGAAGAAUGUCCUUCCAGACGAGGUCCUGCAGACGCUUCUCGAUCACUACUCCAAUAAGGCCAAUGGCCAAGCAGAGAUUUCCUUCAGUGUGGCGGACACCGAGGUCACAUCCAGCAUCUCUAUCAACUCUUCUGAUGAGAGCAGUCCCAACGAGGCUUUGGGAACCAGCUCACAAGCGCCUCCGGCCGAGAAGGCCAGCCUUCUGCAUGAGUAUUCCAAGUUUCUCCAGCAAGCUCUGGAAAGGACCAGUCAGAACGACACCUACCUGAACAACCAGAGUCUUACGUUUGUAAAUGACAGUGCCAGUCUCGCUGGCCAGCCUUUGUUUUCCACAGAGAAGCAGUUCACUUCCCCAUCCCGGUUCAGACCAAGCAUGAACUCUCCAUUGAGAUCCACCUUGGAGAAACCUAACUUUAGCCUUUUAGUAGAUUCCCAACACUCCUUUUCCUUUUCAGGUGACGAGACAAACCCUUCCUCAGUUUCACCGACGGAGGACUUCCUCGACCAAGUAACCUCUCCCAAAAAGACAGACGCGCAAAGCAUCAGUCAGACAUUUCAGAUUGCUACUUUCGACCAGAACUUUCGAUCUCAAUUCCCGAGCUCACGAUCUGGAAUAUCCUCACAGUUUAGCAUUGCAAGUGGACAAGUUAGCUUGAGAGGUCAUGGAGGAACAGACUUUCCAGAGUUCUCUCUUGUUAAUGAAACAAGAACUCAACUAACUUCAUCUCCGGAUGCUACAAGCAGCCAAACAUUUGGCUAAACAAGAGCUUUUAAUGAUUUGAAGCAUUUUAAAGGCACUUUAUAAUUCUGUCAGUGAGGGCAAUGUGAUCUCUGUGCAAAUACUUAUGAUUUUCCAUCUUUAAGCAAUCAUGCAUGUGUGAGAAUUAAAGUAGUGAUACACAUGUUA